AUGGGCAAACAUCGACCGAUCAGGAAAGGGGACAGGGUGAUUGAAGGGUGGGAGUCCAUCGUGAACGCAACGGCAGAGAGAGUAGUGGGAACGAAGGUGGUACGAUGUGGGGUAUCGGUUAAGUGGUGGGAUGACGAGCUGAAAGAAGAAAUAGGGGAACGUAGAGAAGUCUUCAAGCAGUACCUGAGUGAGGCGUCUGAGGAAAGUAGGAAAAAGCACAGGGUCGAAAGAAAACAGGUGAAGGGACUAGUGAAAGAGAAGAAAAAGUGUAUUUGGGACGAAGUAGUGCAGAAGGCCAACGGAGGCCUGGAGGGAAACGUCAAGCAGAUGUGGGAAGGGAUUAGUGGAAUGGUAAAAAAGACCGCGCAAGGGGGGGAUACAGGGGUAGCAACUUUGCGAGGUGUGAACGGUGGAUUAGUCAGCAGUGGGAAGGGAAAAAGGGAAGUUCUAGCAGGACACUACAAGAGACUUGGAGUGCCCUCGGAGAAUGAAGCUUUUGACCAAGCGUUUAAGAAGGAGGUGGACGCAUGGGCCCAAAAAGAAGAAGAGACAUCGAAGGCAGACGUUGGGAACGUAGAACUAGAAAAGGAGUUCACUGAGGACGAGGUUGAGGCGUGUGUGAACAAGCUGAAGUGCCACAAAGCAGCAGGAGCGGAUGGGAUAGUCAACGAGUUCAUGAAGUUUGCGGGGGAAGGGAUGAUCCAGCUGAUGGGGGGAUCACACUGUUCAACACNGGAGAAAUGGGUUGUGGAAACAACUGUCCAAAAAUACAGGAUCAAGGGGAAAAUGUGGAGAGUGCUGAAGAAGAUGACAGGGCACGAAAAGCGCGGUCAUGCUAGACGGAGAACUGUCAAAUUCUUCGACAUUGAGCAGGGGGUCCCACAAGGUUGCACGCUGUCCCCAACAUUGUUCCAGGGGACACGAAACUUCGGUUUCAGGAUGUUUGCGGAUGAUUUUGUCCGAAUGUCGGACACCCCUGAGGGACUUCAACUGCAAAGUGACGCGGCGAAGUUAACUAAUGAGCGGAGAUUGUCUGCCAACGUUGAGAAGAGUGCCGUCACGGUAUGCAACGAGAACGAGGAGGAACCAGUUGAACAUAGAUGGAAGUGGGGGAUCGAGGAGAUUGCAGUAGUGGACCAGGCAAAAUUGGGGAUCCAAUCCCUACGGUCAGGAAGAGACGCCAGGAAGAUGACCUGGCAGUAUCGCAUGUGCGGGAUGGGAGAAGAGAGGUUGAAGAGAAUUGUAUGGGAGGCGAAGUGGGCCAACAAGAAGAGGGGUAGCCAACCCACGGAAUGGGUCAAGGUUGUAGAGGACGUAUGGAAGGGGCUCGACAUCGACGAAGAUGAAACGCUGGAAACGGAGGGUCUACAGGGGUUCAAGGAGAAGAUAUCUGUUGCUUGUGCCGAGAGAGAAGAACAGAAUCUGAGGAAAGAAUCCAAGGAUAAGGAGGGUCUAGAAGUGUACGGAAUGUUGAAGGAAGGAAUAGGGUCCAAGGAUUACCUACAUGGACCAAUGGAUUUAAGAACAAAGCUUAAGGUCAAAUUCAGGACCGGGGACAUAGGCCUUCGAGAACGUCGACGAAGACAUAGGACGGUAGACGACGAAGACGACGAGUUCAAAUGUGAUUGCGGCUUCGAAUGCGAAGACCGUGUUCGUGUAGUCGCGGAAUGUCCAUCGUACAAGAAGGAGAGGGAAGUGUACGUGACUGAGCUGGGAAAAAUAGAUGGGACGUACAGGGAGAUGUUUGAGGCAUGGAAUAGAGAGGAAAGGACGGUAGCUGUACUGGGGCAUAGGAGGUGGGUUGAGAAGGCGGGAAGGGAUACCGUUAGGAUGGAUAGACUCGGGAAGACAUUUUUGAGCCACCUUUGGCAAAGUAGGAAGGAACGCUUGGUCAUCGGUGAUCGGUG